AUGGCGUUGCUUUAUCCUUUGAAUCUUAGGACCGUGCAGUUCAUUUCUUCGCUGAGCAGCUGGCUACAGACAACAUUCAUCCACACAUCCAUGAUGGACUAUCAAAUCCUAGCAAAUUUCUUGAUGAAUCUGCUUGCUUACCCAGUCAAGGAGAUGUGCAAGAUCAUUGAUUCUUUUCCUACGGGAGCAGACGUCAUCGACAGGGCUUUCGCUGCGGUGAGCGUGUACUACAAUUACACAGGCAACCAGAAAUGCUUCCAUGUGGGGGGUGGCGAUGACCCUCAUGGCUUCGAAGGAUGGAGCUGGCAGGCCUCUACAGAGAUGGUCAUGCCAAUGACAGUGUCGAAUGAGCGUAUGUUCCCACCAUACAACUUUAGUUACGAGAAUAGUUCUGACAGCUGCCUCGUGGGCUAUGGAGUUCGUUCGAGAAUGGACUGGAUCACUUCUGAAUAUGGUGGCCAUAAAAUUGACAAGGUUCUCAAGAGGUUUGGGAGCAACAUCAUCUUCUCCAACGGGAUGCGAGACCCAUGGAGUGGAGGCGGGGUCCUCAAGAACAUAUCAUACAUCAUCAUUGCUCUUGUCACGGAGAAAGGGGGCCAUCAUUUGGACUUGAGAUCUGCAACGAAGGAUGAUCCAGACUGGCUUGUAGAACAAAGGAGGCUGGAAGUUGAGAUCAUACAUGGAUGGAUAGAUCAGUAUAACAAGGAUAUUUCACAGAUGUAG